AUGGUGGCAAAAAAUACUAAUAUAGAUAAUAAUACCACUACUGCUACAACUAUACCAAAGAGGAAAAAAGUUAGUAAAGCAUGUGAUAGUUGUAGACGUAGAAAAAUUAAAUGUACAGGUACUCAACCAUGUAUGAAUUGUCAACUACAUCAAUGUCCAUGUAUUUUUUCAAAUGGUACCGCUACAACUACUGGUGCUACUCCGAAUAAUAAUAAUAAUAAUAAUAAUAAUAAUAAUAAUGUUAUAAAGAAAAAAAAUGCUAAAGUAUCAAAAAUUAAUAAUAAGAAAAAAUCGGAUGAGUAUAUUAAAUCUAACGUUAGUAGUAUUAGUAGUACAAGUACUACAAGUACAUUUGAUAGGGACAUUCCUCAUACAAGUUCAUUGUAUAAAGUUGAUUUAAAUGAUGGUGAUGAUGGUGAUACCGAUGAGAAAAAAAUUAAUAAAGAAUUUGAAAAUGGUUUAUAUGAAGGUGAUAUUGAAGAUAUACCAAAAUAUAAAGAAAUUAAACAGACUAUUGAAAAAUUAGAAUCAAUACCAAAUAAAAAUAAAAUGAUUGAAUCAAUGAUUGAUGAUUUAAAUAAUAAAUUAAAUGAUUUAAUUAUUAAUUGGCAACCAAAAGUUAAUUUUUCAAAAUUGACGAAAUUGUUAAAAAUGUCUGAUCCAAUUGAUGCUUUAAAAUCUAUUGAAACUCAAUUAAUGAUUAAUAAAUAUAGAAAUUCAAUUCAUUUAAGCAGAUAUUCUCAUUGGGAAUUUAAUUCAAGAAAUGAAAAAAUUGGUAAUUCAAAGAAAAAUAAUGAUGAUGAUGAUUCUGAAUACAGUUGUAAUCGAGCUUCUCAUAUUUCACCAAUUGGUAAAGAAGGUGGUUAUUUAAAUUCUGUUCCAUUAAUUGAUGAAAUUUUUGGACUUUAUCAUCCUUGUGAAGCUUUAUCAUUAAGAGGUAUUGCUUAUUUAACACAAAAAUAUAGUGUGUUAAGACCUAAAAAGAAAAAUGGUGAAAGUAAAGAUCAAAUUAUAAGAGCUAACGUUUUCUUACUUUUAAGAUUUUUUGAUUUAUGUUGGUUACAUAUGAAUGAAGAUAGAAUUUCAAUGGCAAAUCCACUUGAAAGUUAUCUACAAAGAAAUAAAGGUAUAUCAUCAACAGGUUUCCCAUCUGCAACAUCUCCACAAAAUUCGAUUACAUCAUCAACAACAAAUAAUAAUACUAAUACUAAUAUUGCAACACCUUCAACACCUGCUGUAUCGAAUACAAAUAAUAAAGAAAUGGUAACAUCAAUUUUAAAGACUUUACCAACAGAAUUCCUUGAAUAUUUAACUCCAGAUAAUUUAACAAAAUUAUUAGAUAAUAUUGAAGAUGAUCUUGGAAUGUUUAAAUUAUUAUUAGAAAUUUGUGGAAAUCAUAAAGUUAAAAUUGAAAGUUUCCUUAGAUGGAUUGGUCCACCAAAUAAAUCAAAUGUUGAUAAUCGUGAUUUAGAAAGAUGUAAUAGAUUAAUUAGUGUUCAUGAAUUGUUAUUAACUCUGUGUUAUUCUUAUUAUAAUACAACAAUGUAUUAUUUAAUUCAUAUGAAUUCAUUAGACUAUUUGGAAUUAUUAUUAGAUAUGUUAGAUUAUGAAGAUUGGGCUAAAGAAAUUUAUGGCUUUGAUAGAAUUCUUAAUGUUGCAAUUAAUUGUGCUUUAAAAGCAGGAUUUUCACGUUGGGAAUAUUAUGUUGGAUUUGAUGAAGAAACUGCAGAAAGAAGAAGACGUGUUUGGUGGAGACUUUAUAUGUAUGAUAAAAAACUUAUGAUGGAAGACUCCUAUAUGUCAGGAAUUGAUGAUGCUAAAAUGAACUGUUUAUUACCAAAAGAAUUUAGAGAUAUGGGAUUUUUAGAUCAUAAUGAUUUUAUUAAAAGAUUACAUCUUUUUUCAAAAAAUUCAAUUUUAGAUAAUAUGUCAAUUGAUCAAUUAGUCUUUUAUGCAAGAUUAUCAACAUAUCAAGUGAUUAGUCAUUUUUAUUCUGAAGUUCUUUAUAAUGAAAAAUAUACUUCAAUUAGAAAUACAGCUAAACCAAAUGAAAUUAGAACAAAAUUAAUUGGUGAAUUAUUUGCUAGAAUGGGUUUAUUUGUAAUGAGAUUUGAUAAAAUUAAAGAACAAGUCAGUAAAUUAUUUGAAAUUGCUGAAAAUAUUAAUGACCCAAGAUUUGCAAAUGUUCCAGAUAAAGAUAAACAAAACGCUGUAUCUUUUGCAUUUGAAUAUACUGCUGUAUUUUGUCUAGUCACUAGAGUUUCAAUUAAUAUCGGAAUUCGUACUGCAGUUCAUCCAAAACCCCCAUACAUGAAAGAAAGAAUCAUUUCUUUAAGUAAAUCAGUUUAUGAUAAAUGGGUCUCUAUGAAUAAGACAAUGUUACAAUUAGAGGCUUCAUACGAUUUAUGGCGUGUUCUUGAAAAUUAUACUUAUACAUUCCUACUAAUGAUCACUUGGAUGUAUGAUGAAUGUGCAUAUAUUGAACAUUCUGAUAUAGUCGAGGUAAUUCAUGUCUUUGAAAGACUAUCUGAAUUGAAAGAAAUUUUUAUUACACGUGCUACCAGUGAUCGUCAAACUUUAAGAUUUUUCUCUUCUUUGUUUACAUUAUUUUGUAUUAUGACAAGAAUAUUAUUGACCGAAUAUGUUGGAUUAGACCGUAUGAAUAGUAAUGAUAUCUCCAAAAUUUUUAGUAAAGAAGGUCCUCAUAUUGUUGAAUUGGUUAAGAUUAUAUUUGAUGGUAAUUCAUAUUGUUAUCAAUUAGUUCUAAUACCAUUAGAAGAAUCAAUAUUUCAUACAUCCGUUAAGAAAAUGUUAAAAUCCGAUUAUGAUAUUAAAGUUGAAGAAAACCCUGCAGUACAAAAUUCAUAUAAAGGUGCUAGCACAACUGGAACCACUGGUACAACAAGAGUUGGUAGUAAUGAUUUCUCUCAGAGACCUUUCUCCAGAUCAGUUAGUGAACAAAUAUUACCUCAUCCAACCAUGUCAUACAAUGGUAAUAGAAAUGAUAGUCAUAAUUUCCCAUCUUCAAAUUCAGAAACUGGUACAAGAAAUGUAAUGAAUCCAAUGGGAACACAAAAUAUAAUUGGUCUCUCAAUGAACUCUCCAGGUAGUGGUAAUGGUAUAAGCCCAGGAAUGAUUCCUCCUACAGGCAUAAGUCAAGGGUUUGGUGCGGGUUUAGGCCCAGGCCCAAUUCCGGGCCCCGCCAUGCAAAAUAAGAUUAGUAAUUUGCUUCAAACAGAAAUUAUGGAUAAUCCAUUGCUGUCACAUACUCCACCAUUACCGGGUUUGAAUAAUACUAAUAAUACAUUAUUGUACCCUCCAAACCAACAAAACGGUAAACGUCAAGAUUCUUCCCCACAAAUUGGUUAUAUUGACAAGCGUUUAUUCCAGCCGUUCGAUCUGGGUAUCCUUGAGGAUUUCUUCAGUUCAACUGAUUUUACAGAUCUAGGGUCUCUAUAG